UUCAGCAGGGAAGUACUCGGUGCCGCAACCCCAUUUUCUGUUUUGUGUACUGAUUUUUUGCUUUCCCGACUUUAUUUUGUGCGUUUUUUUGUGUACUCCCUGUGCAGUGCCAGACGAUUUUUUUCGCCUUUGUUCGGAUUUUUUUUCAAGUGCUUGGUGUGAGUUUGUGCCCGGACAUGUGAUUGCGCCCCUGGAUUAAGUCAAGGGAUGUCUGGAUGUUGGCUACAAUGGCUACAGUUACUUCCGGUCUUCUGUCUCCAAAUUCGUAUGGCCUGAAUCCAGACCAGGUGGCGGCGAAAAUGAACGCCGACAACGUCCCCUACGACCGGUACCGCGCCAGCCAGGUCUUCAGCGCCGCCAACUCGUCCGACUCCGAGCCCGAAGCGUACGCCGCCGCCUCCCCCAAGACCGCCGCCUUCGACCAGCCCAAGCGCAACAAGCGCAAGAACUUCAAGCCGCGAUGCUCGAACGCCGCGUACGCCGCCGACGGCGCCAGCGCCGCCCUCGACUUCGCCGCCAACGACAACCUCAACAACAACGUGCGCCGCCGCAAGACGCUGGCGACGCGCCGGCUGGUCGUCGACAAGCACUCCCCGAUGGACCUGAGCAAGGGCAACGACAGCGGCAACAGCAACAGCGACAGCGACACCGACGACUACAACGACGACGACGCCAAGAUCCCGACGAGCUUCUCGAUCCAGGCGCUGGCGAAGCCGCACGUUUCGGACGCGACGGGCGUGCACCAUCAGGGACAGAUCAGCGACAUGCGCGAGUACGCGAUGAACACGAUGCGCGAGCUCUUGGGCAUCUACGGGCUGACGUCGGAGGUGGCGGAGAGCAUCUCGAGGCAGUUGCCGAUUGCCGCGUUCAGCACCGGUAAAAUCUUCGAGAAUUUCACGUUGAACCCGAACCCGGCCAACAGCAAGGUCGACGGCGGCUCGCCCCCCAGCCAGCCCCCCACGCCCCCCAGCACGCCGCUGUCCCCCAAGUCCGCGGCCGACUCCAACAAAUAUACCUCAAGCAUCCCCAACAUUCCUAACUUAACGAUAACGCACAAUUCUAGUCCGAGCAUACCUCAAAAUUUCGCUAGUGUUACGCAGAAGACCCCCCUCAACUUGGGGGUCAAACCAAAAACGACGUACGCCAAUGGGCUGCAGGGGGAGCUGGCGUACGGGGACGAGAAGAUGGGGGAGAAGGGGGCACAGGCGUCCAGGGGAAUCUUCCCCACGAACAUCCUCCCCUUCGCGGCACAACUCAAGACUGACUCCACCAGCCCGCCGCCCUUCGACCAGAGCCCCCUCAACGCCAUGAUGGCGCAAUCCCUGCAGCCGACGCCGCGCGACCACGUCGCGACGCCCAACCUCCUGCUGAACAAGCCGACGACGCAGCUGGACUACUCCAAGUACGUCAAGAAGUUCUCGUCGAGCCUGGAGUGCGGCAGCUCGUACUGCAAGGACUUGAACUACAGGGAGCACUUCCACUGCCUCGACUGCAACUCCCGCGUCUUCAUCAAAAAAGAAGAAAUGAUCCGCCACUUCAAGUGGCACAAGAAGCGCGACGAGUCCCUGCAGCACGGCUUCAUGCGCUACAGCCCCCUCGACGACUGCAGCGACCGCUUCAGCAACUGCACCCACAACAAGAAGCAAACCCACUAUCAUUGCAUCAAGGAAGGCUGUGAUAAAGUAUACAUUUCGACGUCCGACGUCCAGAUGCACGCCAACUACCACCGCAAGGACUCCGCCAUCAUCCAGGAGGGCUUCCAGCGGUACCGCGCCACCGAGGAGUGCGGCGCCUCCUACUGCGCCUUCUUCGGCCAGCGGACCACGCACUUCCACUGCCGCCGGACCGGCUGUCGCUUCACCUUCAAGAACAAGUCCGACAUGGAGAAACACAAGUCGUACCACAUCAAAGACGAGCAGUUGUCGCGCGACGGAUUCAAGAAGUUCAUGAAGAACGAGGUGUGUCCGUUUGAGAAGUGCCGGUUCUCGAAGGUGUGCAACCACAUCCAUUGCAUUCGGCCGCAGUGCAGCUACGUCUUGCACAGCUCGGGACAGUUGUUCUCGCACAAACGGAAACAUGAAAGAAAGGACUCGGAGUUAGCCUACCGGAAGUAUAAGCUAGCGCAGAGUAUGAUGAAGAGUCUGCAAGAUGGAGGCAUCAAUCCGUCGUUUGGGAGAGAGUACGAACAACAACUGGAGGGACUAAAUCUAUCCAUGUUCAGUCAGAAUAGUAGUACUUCGAACAUGUCUAAUACUGAAAGCUUGAGUGAGCGAAAUUCACCCAUUAGCUACGAGGAGAGUGACGCUGCGAUUGAUUUGACAGCAAGCGACUCGAAUUUGAUGCAGGAGGAGACCAACUGGAACAGCGAGGACUUCUGGAAGAAGUACUGCCAGUUUGUGAGUCAACAGGACAGUUGUAGUGAAAAGUGCGAGUUUAACUAUUCGGACCACUACCACUGUGUCGUCGAGAACUGCGAAAUGGUGUUCAACGCCAAAGAUGGGGUCAGGGAGCAUGCCCGAAACCACGAACAACAAGAAAUCGUCACUGAUAACUACUUCUCGACGGUGACCAGCCAGACUUGCGACGAUGGUUGCAUCUAUCAAGAUAAAGAAAAACACUACCAUUGCAACUGGGAGAACUGCCGGGAGGUGAUCCUUCCAACGGACAAACCCUUCAGACGGUUAGAACACUACAAGAUGCACGAAUACUCGAGGAAAUUAAGCCUGACGAAGGACCCACUAACCAUGACCCAUCUGGCUACCUCCAUUGACGGGAUGUUCUGUCGGAAACGCGGCCGCCCACCAAAGAACCGCGUGAUCGAAGUCUGGAACGACUAUUCCCCCAUCGGUAGUCAAAGCUUGUUGGACUCACCCCAGGCCAUUUUCACCAGUUUCAAGUUGCCCAAACCUUCGGCCACCCCUUCCAGUAGCAAAGAAAUCGAGCAACAGGACUCAAGCGACGAGCGUUCCAGCACCCACAGUCCCAACCUGCAAGAUUACAGUCUUCAAGGUUUCGACGUCUUCAAAGAAAACACCAAGUGCACGGAUAGCCUGUGUCCAUAUUUGGGCUCGACCCACUUCCACUGCAACCAAAACCGUUGUCUCUACGUCACCGACAAAGAGGACGUGCUCAUAAUGCACAGCAAGGACUUCCACGACAACAUCGAGAUCCUUGAUGGUUUCGAGUUCUACGACCGAAACGUCGAUUGUCGUCUUCCCGAGUGUCCCAGUAACAAAAUCAAUCGCCACUUCCAUUGCACCAGACCCAAUUGCAACUACUCCUUCGUGCAAUACUCGACCAUGUCGCAACACAACCAGAAGCACGUCGACGAAGACAAUAUCGACGUGAAGAUGGAGCCCGAAGACAAGACCGAAUCCAAAGCGAUGAAUCUCAGUCAGAAUAUGGAGAAUAAAGUCUCUGUGGUGAAGGCUUCAGGAACUUUCUUUCCUCUUUCUACAUUGCCGAUUGAACGAAAGUCACCAGACAUUAGUAAAAAUUUACAGACAGAUCAACUGACCCCUCAAGAGCUCGGAGGCGGCAGCAGUACCUUGUAUGGUCCCGACUUGUCGUGCUCGCGCCCCUUCUGCAAACUCAAGCGAAAGUACCACUACCAUUGCAACGCCUGCAACCAGGCCUUCUCAGAAAUGGACCGUCUAGUAGUCCACGUGGCCAAACACAGCACCGGCGCCCUCAACAGCCAGCUCCAAGAAGACAACAACAACCAGCAAAACCCCACCACUUCCACUCCAGUCAAGGCGGAGCCCAAGAUCAACGUCGCGCCUCUUCAAACUCUACAAAACCCAGUAUUGGUCAAGUCCGAGCACGACACUCCCCAAUACUUGACCCCCACCUUCGACGCCUACAACCACUUUACGAAUUUUCCCGCCAAUUUGGCCACUCAGUUCGCCUUGAUGUCGCAACAACAAAGUAUGCAGAACGCGUUUAUCCCUCAAGGGUUGUACCAGAACGCAGGGAUUCCGACUCAACUGAUGUUCCAACACUCCCAACUGAUGCAGAGUCCUCUUCUGGGGCCGCAGCACGGCUUCCAGGAGAACAUGACGAGUCCCUUGGCGGCCAUGGCGGCCAAUUUGAACAAGAGGUCGCUGAGUCCGCACCAUGAGAUUUCGCCGGAACAGAAGAAGGCGAGGAUCCAGAAUUCUAUGAGGAUUUUGAAGGAUGAGCCGGUGCCCGAGGGGUAUUUGAGGUUCAGGUUUAACGAGGAUUGUCAGUACCAACACUGCGGGUACAGGGAACACCAAACCCAUUUCCAUUGUCAAAGACAGGAUUGUGGGUACAGUUUUUGUGAUAAGACGAGGUUUGUCCAGCACACGGCGCGUCACGAGAGGUUGGACACCUUGAUGGGUGGGGACUUCCAGCAGUACCGAGCCAAUGUGGCUUGUGGGCGCAUGGACUGCGCCUAUACCACUAAUUUGGGUUCCACCCAGAACAAGGCCUCCCACUUCCACUGCCUCAAGUGCGACUUCGUCUGCACCGACACCAACAAGGUGGUGGCGCACCGCCGGCAGCACCAGAAGCUGGACUCGAUCCAGGCCGCCGGCUUCGAGAAGUUCACCCCCAGCCAGCACUGCCGGGUCCCGAAUUGUCAGCACAGCGGCAAGCAGACCCACUACCACUGUCUGUCCUGCCAGUACGCCGUGCUGGGUCUGGCCCAGAUGUCCGCGCACAAGUACCGCCACAUGGAGGGCUGAUGCCAUUUGCUCAAGUUUUUCCUGUACAUAUUUGUAUAUUCGCUCGCCUGUAUAGAGUAUGUAAAUAGGUGAAAAAGGAACUAACCUCGACCGGGCCGGCCGGCCCUUAUUUAUUUCUGUCGACUGAGAUUAUUCGGGCUGGCUGAAAGCCAGCCCGCGAACCUCGAGGAGAAGUAUAUGGAGUAGUUUUUCUAAGUAUUAUCGUAGGGAACAAUUGUAAAUUGGAAAAGACAUAGUAUUUUAGGUGUAGCUUAGGGGCCUUUCUCAAACAAGAAGAAAACAAAAACACUAGAUUAGUGCCUUAGAAAAGACAUAUAAUUUCGGUGCCUUCUCGGGUACUUUGGGUAGACGACAAAAUUCAGGUGUACCGAACAAUAACAGUUGAAGUAAUUCAUUCCAUAAGUGCCAUAUUGUAACAAAUAUACAUUAUUUAAACGUUAAAGAGUAGAUUUUUUCAAAUUAACUCUAGGAUAGGUUACGAGGUGUCAUAUCUUAUCAUUUGCAUGCUCAAAACUUAUUUAUUUCACAUUUUAUUGUAUUUUUGUGAUUUUUUUUUGUUUCAAGUGAAUUUUUUGCCAUAUGUUGUUUUCUGCCGACAGAUCGGUUCUUAUCUUCUUUCUCUCUCACGUUUUUUUUUUCGUUCAUAGCUAGUCUAUUCCUUGCUUUAUCUGUUUUCGUUUAUUCUCAAAUAAUAGGUAUACGUAUAAUCCAAUCAUAAAAAUGAUUUUAAUUGCCGACCAUAGUCGGCGUGUAUUUUUAUUGAGUUAAGGAAUUAAAUUUUGUAUGUAUGAUUUGUAUGAGUGUAAUUAUGUUAUUUUCUGUGAUUGUAUGUGUUGUUUUUUUUUUUAAAAAAAGAUCAGUAUUUAUAUCAAA